AUGUCAUCCAAAGACCACUCCAAGCCUCCUAACACUACCCCGGACUGCGAAGAGCACAGCAAUACCAAUCCACCGCCGCCGCCAUCGCAGCCUGAGUCAAAUAGCACCCCCGGUGCUCAAGAUAUUCCAAUAAACCAAACCACCAUCCACGUGUCCGAUACAAGUUUUACCCAGGAUAAAGAUAACCUCGGAGGAGCUCCUGAUCCUAAUUACGAGGACGAUUUGGAUGCUUGGUAUGAUGGUUUGGAAGAGCCUCCAACGGGCGGUAUUCAUGACGGGCUGCUGUUUCUCAAAAUUGGAUAA